CGUUGCUGGACUCCUCGGUGUCUCAGCCUAUCGUCCGUGUUGCACAUUGUCCUCCAGCUGAACGUUAUUUAUUUACGCAGAGACGGUUUAUCUGAUGUUUAUCUGAUGUUUAUCAUCCGGGUGUGACGCGGCCUGUUUCCCCAGGGACAUGAACACGUAGCUGUCGGUUCUGCAGAAGGUGGGUCGGCGCUAGCCGCUAGCUUUUAGCUUAGCCUCUCGGGCCGGGCUGUAUGUGAGCACACAGGCCGUGCUCACCGCCUCGCUCUCGAACAAUGUACCCCUCCUGGGGGAAUUACGCUGGAGCUCAUUCGCAAAACUAUGGAGGUCCCGGGCCUCGUAAGCCACCGGGUGCCGCCCCUGCCGCGGGAUUCGGCGGCUUCGAAGCCCCGUCCGGCGGCGGCGGCGGUGCUGGUGGUGGCGGAGGAGGCAGUGGUGGUGGUGGUGGUGGUGGUGGUGGUGGCGGCGGUGCCGGUGCCGGCUCGCUGUUCUCCAGCCUCCAGGAGCAGCACCUCCAGCAGAUGCAGCAGCUGCAGAUGCUGCACCAGAAGCAGCUCCAGUCGGUGUUGCAUCACGGUAACAGCGCCGGGGCGUACGGUGGGGGGUACCCGGGCUCCCAGUGGGACUCCGAGGCUCCGGGACAUCCAGAGGGGGGCGGCAGCGGAGCUCAGACCUACGGGACACAAGGCGAGACCCCGGGCCCUCCGAACAGAGCACCCCCUGCCCCCAAGCCGGGUCACCAGCAGCCGCCUCCGCCGCCACCACAGCCGCACGCUGCCGAGCCACAACCGUGUCCUCCGCCUCCGGAGCCUCCGUCAGCAAAGCCCCCGGAGAAUCACGAUGGUUCCAAAGAGGCCAACAAGAAGGAUGCAUCCAUGACGGAAGACGAAAAAUCUUCAGCCUUACAGGAUCAACAGCAACGUUGGUACAAACAGCAUCUUCAGAAUCUACAUAAGUUGAAGCAAGAGAAAGCCAGACAGAAUCAAAAAGAGGGCGAUGGCCAUGUGCUGCCACCCCCAUGUCAUGCAGUUCCUCCUCCACCUCCGUCAGAACCACCAAGAAACGCACCACCUCCACCCCCACCAAGAGAUGAUCCCCCAGCACCUCCUCCACCACCUGACGAAACAGGGCCUGAAGACCCACAUGACCCAGUGGAGGCUGCCCGCCUCCAGCAGUUACAGGUUGCAGCAGCACAGUGGCAGCAUGUGCAACAGCAGAGAGCAGGCUUACAAUACCAGGCUCUGAUGCAACAGCAUGAGAAGCUGCAGCAGAUCCUGGAGAAAUACCAACAGCUGAUUCAGCAACCAACAGACCUUCAGUCAAUGUCUCCUGAAAUGCAGCUGAGGCACUAUGAAAAGCAACAACAGCAGUUCACCCCCUUAUUUCAAGACUGGGAUCGCUCAUUUGUCCUGUGGUAUGAGCAGUUCAAGACCUAUCCCCACAAAGACCAACUGCAGGACUAUGAGCACCAAUGGAAGCAGUGGCAAGAGCAGAUGAAUGCCACCAAUGCCCACCUUCAAGAAAGGGUGGCCGCUCUGACUGCCAUGGUGCCAUUUCCCUCAGGCCAGUAUAAUAGUGGGAUGAUGGGACAAUAUGGCCAGUUCCCUGGACAAGACAUGAAAAUGCAGCAGCAGUCGCUAAACGUGGGUAUACAGCAUUCUACAGGUGCUGUUGGUCCCAGAUCUCAAGGUCCACCGCCUACUGGGUUUGGGCCACAACAGGAAUCACCUGCUGGACCCCCUGUGAGAGGAAUUGUCCCCGCAGGCAUAGGAGUACAACCUUCAGGUCCCCCAGCAAUUCAACCACCAAGCUUCAACAGUGCACAAGGUUCACGAUUUGACCAGCCACAGCAGCGCUUUGAUGGUCCCCCAAGGUUCGACCAGACACAGCAGCGCUCUGACGGUCCCCCAAGGUUCGACCAGACACAGCAGCGCUCUGAUGGUCCCCCAAGGUUCGACCAGACACAGCAGCGCUCUGAUGGUCCCUCAAGGUUCGACCAGCCACAGCAGCGCUCUGAUGGUCCCCCAAGGUUCAACCAGACACAGCAGCGCUCUGAUGGUCCCCCAAGUUUUGACCAGCCACAGCAGCGCUCUGAUGGUCCCCCAAGUUUUGACCAGCCACAGCAGCGCUCUGAUGGUCCCCCAAGGUUCGACCAGCCACAGCAGCACUCUGAUGGUCCCCCAAGGUUCGACAACCCACAGCAGCGCUCUGUUGGUCCCCCAAGGUUCGACCAGCCACAGCAGCGCUUUAAUGGUCCCCCAAGGUUCGACAACCCACAGCAGCGCUCUGAUGGUCCUCCAAGGUUCAACCAGCCCCAACAGCGCUUUGAUGGUCCUCCAAGGUUCAACCAACCACAGCAGCGCUUUGAUGGCCCCCCAAGGUUCAACCAACCACAGCAGCGCUUUGAUGGUCCCCCAAGGUUUGACCAACCACAGCAGCGUUUUGAUGGUCCUCCACGGUUUGACCAACCACGGCAGCAAUUUGAUGGUCCUCCUAGAUUUGACCAACCACGGCAGCGCUUUAAUGGUCCUCCCAGAUUUGACCAACCACGGCAGCGUUUUGAAGGUCCCCCUCGAUUUGGUCAGCAGCCAAGGUUUGAGCAACCCCCUAGGAAUCCUGGCCCUCCACCUCGAUUUGAGCGCCCACCCUUGCCCCAGCAAAAACCACAGCAAGGUACCCAACCCAAAGCAGAAAUGGCCAUUAAAACACCUGUUGGCGUGGACUCCAAGACAACUGAAAAAUCAGAUGUGCACCCACAAUCGGAAAAAGAAAAUAGCAAAUCAAGGCCAGAUAUAAAGGCCAAAGGUGAAGACUUGACAGAUGACAACUUGCUUGAAAAUGAAGGUUUUUUUGUCCAAAAUGACCCCAUUCCUCAGACAUUACAGACAAACAAAAGUGUAAAGGAGCCAGAUUCCAAUAAAUUGUCUGGUAAUGGUGUAAAUCCCGAACCUCUUAAAAACAAGCCUUCAGUAACUGUUUCUUCUUCUUCUUCUACUGUGGCAUCAAAAACUACUGCUCCUGAUACACCCAGCAAAUCACAGGAAAAAUUGGUAAACAACAAAACCCCAAUGGUUCCAAAGCCCCCAGGAAUCAAACAAGAGCCACAAGCUUCUGGCCAAAUGCAGUCAAGACCAGAGCCUCCAAAACCUAUCCCAGGGAGGGGACGAGGUCAGCCCCCAGUGCCUGUUCAAGUGCCUGGACGUGGCCGCGGGCAGAGGGGCCGUGGAGAGUUUAGAGGAGCAAACACGGUCCCGCUAGGGGGGGAGAUGGCAGAAAUGUCCUAUGACUACAUGCAACCCCAAGAGGACUCAGGGAUACCAGAAGAUCAGGAAGAAAGUCACUGGGAAGAUCCCUCAUACGCGGAGUUUGCUUGUGAGGAUUCUGAGGUGCCUACUGAAGAAAUGUGGAUGCCAGAGGAAGAUCACUUCCAAACAGAGGAAGAGUAUUAUGAAGAGCCAAUAGGAGGACUGCCUAUGGGGAGAGGAAGACCCCCGAUGAUGGGAGGAAGGCCCCCGAUGAUGAGAGGAAGGCCCCCAAUGAUGAGAGGAAGGCCCCCGAUGAUGAGAGGUGGACCUUUGGGUAGAGGAGGGCCCCCAAUGAUGAGAGGAGGCCCACCUAUGGGUAGAGGUGGCCCUCAUAUGGGUAGAGGUGGACCACCUAUGGGUAGAGGGGGUCCUCCAAUGGGAAGAGGGGGUUCCCCAAUGGGAAGAGGAGGAGGACCAUCCAUGGGAAGAGGAGGACCAUCCAUGGGAAGAGGAGAGCCAAUGGACAUGCACUGGGAAGGACCUGAAUCAGCUGAGUACUCGGAGGAAGGGGACCCUUACUGGGGAGAAAGGAGACACUUAAUGAGAGGUAUGAGACCCCCGUUUCCACCUGGCCGUGGUCGCCCUCCACGUGGUCAUCCUGGUUUCUUGCACCAAGGACGAGGACGCCCCCCUCACCCCCCACAUGGGCCAAUGGAUCACGACCCAUUAGGCCACGGAAUGGACACUGAUGAUCCUGAGGCCGAUGCAGCAGGACACCCCAUGUACCAUGGACAUGACCCUCACAGCCAUCCGAUGCAUCCUGAUGUAGGAAGAGGUAGACGUGUGCCACCUCCACACCAUGAAAUGAUGGAUUCAAGGGAGGAGCAUAUGUAUGAUGAAGGAAUGGAUGGCUGGCAGCCACCACAUGGCAGAGGACCUCCUCCGGCUCCACAUGAGUUGAUAGAUAGGGGAGGAGUGAGGAGGAGACCCAUGGGUCGAGGGUUGGGAAGAGGGAUGUGGCGGCCCGGUCCAACGCAUGAAGAAUUUGAAGAGGGGUAUAAUAAGGGUUUCGUUGAGGAUUAUGGUCAUGGUGAAGACAGAUUUAGCUGGCGGCCACCACAGGACGGUCCUCCUAAUGAGGCCAAGUACUACAAGUCUGAAUGGGAAAGAGAUCGUGCUCUACCUGAAAGGGACUAUCCCCCCCGCAGGCCUCCACCAGAGACCUUCAGAGAUGGUCAUUGGCCAGAGGAAAGAGAAAAAGGUCCCCCAUAUCAAUUUGAUGAGCAUGAACGGGGAAGGGGAGAACUUAGAAUCCGGGAAUACAGGGAGGAGCCACCAUACCGCCAGGAGGAGCCCCCAUUCCAACCAUCACCUUCAUCUGAAUGGGAUAGAUCUUCAAGACUCCUUCCACCACCAGAAAGAGGGUAUCCACCUGAAUUUGAAGAUCACAGACCUCGCUAUGAUGAGCACAGGGAAGAGCUUUCUAUGGAUAAACUUCAAUCACCAGCCCCAACUGCACCUGUCACAAACCCACCAGAGAGCUCAGUUGAACCAGCAUCAGGAGCGGCCGGCGCUAAUGUACUUGCUCUCUCCCAGCGCCAACAUGAGAUCAUCUUGAAAGCUGCUCAAGAGCUUAAACUGAUAAGAGAACUGCAAGAGGGGAAGAACCCUGGUCCUGAACCCCAGCCUGCACCAACUGACAUCUUGCCUGAUCUCCCUGCUGGUCUCCUCGGUUUGGAGAUCCCACCGGACGUCAGGAAUGUUUUGAAGGGCAUGAGUGCAGCUGCAAUGACUGCUACAACUGAACCUGUGUCUUGGGAUUUAAAGCAUUCUGCCAGAGAUUACCAGCCAGCCCUCCCUGCUGUUCACACAGCUUCAGUAAUUCCAAAGACUGUGGAAUAUGGGCACGGACAUGAGCCUGGUGCCACUGUUGAGCGGAUGUCUUAUGGUGAAAGAAUUGUGCUGAGGCCUGACCCAGUGCAAUCAGACAGGGGUUAUGAAAAAGAACCUCUUGGUCUCAGAGAUCCUUAUGGCAGAGACCCUUAUUAUGAAAGACGAUCUGACCCUUACAUGGACCGUCGGGAGUACAGUAGAGAGAGGGACUUGUACAGAGAAAAGCCUCCACCUGAAUAUGAAAGAGAUAGAUUUGAGAGGGAGCGCUAUCCUCCAAGAGAAAGAGAUGACAGAUCUCCACUGGCACCACACUUACGAUCAGCGUUCAGGGAUCGAGAGUGGGAUCUCCGUGAUCGUGACCGCAGUGGCAGUCGUGAUCGAGAUGAGCAUUACGGAAGGCCUGGCUACGACAGACCUGCCUACGAGCGGGCCUCACUGGACCGCAGUGGGCCCGAGCGUUACAGUCACAGCUCAUCCCCUUACGUGGAAAGAAGAAGUUAUCCAGAGGACAGAGGGCCUCCCAUUGCACCCCCUCUACCACCACCACCUCAACCCCCCCCACGAGUCGAGAAGAAGCCAGAAAGCAAGAAUAUUGACGAUAUCCUCAAACCACCUGGCAGAUUAUCUCGACCUGAAAGGAUAGUCAUCAUAAUGAGAGGGCUUCCAGGAAGUGGAAAAAGCCAUGUUGCAAAGCUCAUACGGGACAAGGAAGUCGACUGUGGUGGUGCCCCCCCGAGAGUUCUUGUUUUGGACGACUAUUUCAUGACGGAGGUUGAGAAAGUUGCCAAAGACCCAGACACGGGAAGGAGGGUCAAAUCCAAGGGUCUUGAAUAUGAGUACGAGCCGGAGAUGGAGGACACGUACAGGAGCAGCAUGCUGAAGACAUUUAAGAAAACUCUGGAUGACGGCUUUUUCCCCUUCAUCAUUUUAGACACUGUUAAUGACAGAGUCAAACAUUUUGAUCAGUUCUGGAGUGCAGCAAAAACUAAAGGAUUUGAGGUAUAUCUGUCUGAAAUCACUGCAGACAAUCAGACUUGUUCAAAGAGAAAUGUCCACGGGCGUUCGCUUAAGGAUAUAACAAAGAUGUCCAACAACUGGGAGCCUUCUCCACGUCACAUGGUGCGCUUAGAUGUCCGGUCCCUGCUUCAGGAUGCUGCUAUAGAGGAGGUUGAAAUGGAAGACUUCAAUCCCGAUGACGAGCCCAAGGAACCCAAGAGAGAGGAGGAAGAAGAGGGAGAUCUGGGCUACAUUCCAAAAAGCAAAUGGGAGAUGGACACGUCUGAAGCAAAACUUGACAAGUUGGACGGUCUGGGGAGUAGCGGGAAGAGGAAACGUGAAGGUGAAAACGCGUCAGACCUGGAAGACUAUCUUCAGAUGCCGGACGACUAUGCAACACGCAUGUCCGAACCAGGAAAGAAACGGGUUCGAUGGGCUGAUCUCGAAGAGCAGAAAGAAGCAGAUCGAAAGCGCGCUAUCGGUUUUGUGGUUGGUCAAACGGACUGGGAGAGAAUAACGGAUGGGAGCGGGCAGCUAGCGCAAAGAGCUCUCAACCGUACCAAAUAUUUCUAAGACGAUAAUCUUAUCCCUUUUUUUUUUCCUUAUUGAAAGGUGCACAGACUGUGAAAUGUGUCGCUGACGCUCAGUCGCGCCGAAACAAGAGACUCAUCGAGGUGAUGAUCACCUGUAGAUAUCGGAUUCUUAGUUAUUCCUGGAGAAGGAUGCGGUAUAGGUUUCCUUCUUAUUUUUAAAAAGACACUCUGACUAUUCAAUGAAAUUAACUUGUAGAUUAUGAUUCUGUGCUGCUUCUGGUCAUCCUGUAUUCAUUCAUGUACUUUGCUGUUUUAUACUGUUCAUAUUUUAUUUACUGUAUUGUCGCUCUGGUUCCUGGUCCGUGCAGACUUGGAAAAAAGACAAUAAACCUUUCACAAAAUCACCAACCUGGAGGGUUUUCCUGGAGGAUAUUGUGUGUGCUUUGUGAACAAAAGGAACUACAAGUGUUUAUUCUAAUAACGAUAACGGAACAGACUAUAAGGGCUUAAACCUAUAGUUCAUCAAUCUGAUGUGCCUUUGUGUUUUAAUAUGAUUGCUGUAAUCAGGUUUACUGUGAAUGCUUCAGUUAGGAGGAUGAAAGAUAAUAAAUGGCAACAUGACAAACCUGAGAUGUUUUAUGUGCAUGUAAAAUGUCCGGCCAUGCCUUGUUUUGACUUCAGAAAAUUCACAUGACAAUUUCGCACAAGAUACAAUUGUGCAGAUUGCUGUGUGAACGUGCUGAUUGUUGCAUCCCUACAGUUUUACACCUCUGUAGGUUGCCUGCUGGAACCAUAAUGGUGUUUUUUGCAAUUUUCUUUGUCUACCGUCAAUAUCAAGUAGUUUGUCGGUAUAUGGUAAACUAUACCGAAUGGUAAACUCAUCUAAGAAGACUUUUACCAUAAAAAAUGUGUUCGAUUUGUGUUUGUUGCAGUAUUUUCUAUGGCUCAGAUUGUUGUUUGAAUGGAUUUGCGUGUGACAUACGUCAGUGUGAAGAUAUCCGAACAAUCUCACUCCUGUGUUUAAAAACUUGUAAGUGGUCAAAUAUAUUUGGGCAUUAUAUUACAUUUAAAAAGUCCAAAUGCUGCACAUUCCCAGAAUGAAUGGUCACUUUUUCCAGAUACAUGGUGUUUUAGGUUUUAAAGAUGCAAAAUAUGUCUUGGAAAAUGAUACGAAAGUAAAUACAAGAUUUUGGGAUCACGUGGUUAAAGCCUGGUUUCUUCAAUGGCAAGUUUAAUUAAUAAAUAAAUGUAUUUUUAUGAUCCAUUUUUUAAAUUUUAGUUGGUAAUAAAACUUCAAAGUUAAAGUUUCCAUGUUGGAAUAUAACAUUUGUUGUAGGCUCCAUAUUAAGCCGGUCUUCAUCUAUUUGGCCGCAAUAAUAAUGAGAGAAAGCAAAAAAAGUGCCUCAUAAUUUAGUUCCAUAUUAAAUUAAGCUUUAAAAAUUUGGCUGCAAAUGUAUGUUCAUUAUUUACAAGUUAAA